AUGAUCCGCGCCGCCGUUGUUCUUUUGGCUAUCUCUGCCGCCGUCUUCUCAGCUCCAGUCCCAGAGCUUCCAGAAAAGCUCGAAGACAUCCCAGCCGAGUACCGCAGCUUGAUCCCAUCCGAAGUUGCCGAACACCUCAAAUCGUUGACCAAGGAAGACAAGGAAAUUCUCAAGGAGGUUGCCAAGGGAUACAAGGACUACAAGACCGAGGAUGACUUCUUGGCUGCCCUCAAAUUGAAGUCGCCAGAACUCCACGAGAAGGCCACCAAGCUCCACAAGCUCAUCAAGGACAAGGUUGACGGUUUGAACGAUGAGGCCAAGAAGUUCGUCAAGGAAGCCAUCGCUGAAGGACGCAAGAUCCACGCUCAAUACCUCGCCGGUGAGAAGCCAUCCCUCGACACCCUCAAGGGAAUCGCCAAGAAGCACAUCGAUGGAUACAAGGCCCUCUCCCAGGAAGCCAAGGACUCAAUCGCCGCUCAAUUCCCAAUCCUUACCGGAUUCUUCAAGAACGAGAAGGUUCAAGCUUUGGCCGGACAAUACAUCAACUAA